AUGGCUUCGAAAGGACCGGUCGAAAGUUGGACCGAGGAGGCAAUUUGUCCCAUCUGCCUGGAUUUCUUCACCGAUCCGGUUAUACUGGAGUGUGGACACAACUUCUGUCGCUCUUGUAUCACACGGUAUUGGGAAAGGGAGCAGAGAAACUCCUGCCCGGAAUGUAGAGAGGUGUUUGCUGACCGCACCCUCAGGGUGAAUCGGGCCUUAGCAAAUCUGGCUGAAAAAGCUCGAAAUCUAAACCUGAAUCGGAAAGGGAAGGAAAGUGAACGUCACUGCGAGGAACAUGAGGAAGAACUGAAGCUGUUUUGCGAAACGGACAAGACACUGAUCUGUGUGAUCUGUGCAGUGGCGGAGGAACACCGAGAGCACCGCUUCCGGCCGAUUAAAGAAGCUGUUAAAAUCUACAAGGAUCAGCUAAAAUCUUCCUUAGACUCUCUCACAAAAAAGAAAUCAGACUUCCAGGAAAAGGAGCAGCAACAGAAAGAGAAGAUUUCCGGAGUUCGGAAACAGUCACACAGCAAUCAGACCCACAUCACAUCCCAGUUUGCUGAACUGCGACAGAUUAUCACUGAGAAAGAGCAGAGCUUACUCAGGGAUCUCAGGGAAGAAGAGAAGAGGAUUCUCAAACCAAUGGAGAAAAAUCUUCUGGCUCUUCAAGAGAAUAUAAGGAUUAUUCAGGAGGAAAUCACUAAGUUAAAGGAACAGAUGGAUCAAAAAGACAGUGUGAUGUUUCUCAAGAAGGAAGCUCAUCGGAACAGGAGAAUCAGUGACAAUGUCCAGGAAUUGUCAGUGACAGAUGAGGCCCUACCGGUUGAAAAAUUCGAUCGCUUCUAUUUGUUGAACACAGUGCUGAGUGAAACACUUGAUGCCAUUAACCGAGUCUCUGUCACCCUGGAUGUGGAAACGGCGAAUCCGGAGCUCGAGGUGUCUGAGGAUCGGAAGAGUGUGAGACGGACCGGGACCCGGAGGAAUCUCCCUGACACCGGGAAGAGAUUCACAGUCCGGGCUUGUGUGCUGGGAUCGGAGGGAUUCACAUCGGGGAGACAUUACUGGGAGGUGGAGGUGACGGGGAUUCGGGUCUGGUAUCUGGGAGUCGCCGCAGAGUCUGUGGAGAGGAAGGGAGGGCUCAAACUGUGA